AUGGCUUCUCGUUUCGUGGCACUGUGCGCGGCUUUCCUCGUGGCAUCGUUCGGCCGCAGGUCAGGUGCGGUCGGAGCGGUUGUCAGAUGUGAGCCCUGCGACGCGGCGGCGCGGCUCCUCUGCAAGCCUUUACCCCGGGACUGCGCCGAGAAGGUGCGCGAGCCGGGCUGCGGCUGCUGCCUGACGUGCGCGCUGAGCUUCGGCCAGCCGUGCGGAGUGUACACAGGCAGAUGCGGUCCCGGACUCACCUGCCAGCCCCAGCCAGGUGAGACCAAGCCUCUGCAGGCUCUGAUCGAGGGGCGCGGGGUGUGCAUGAACGCCACGAGCAGGAGACCCGCAGCCAGACCCACACCUCCCGUCAAUGAGUUGCCAGAACAUACAGAGACUCAGGACAAGGAGCAGAAUUCCACCAACUCAAGUCUUCAAACUUCAUACAACAGUCACGCUGGACCACUUAGACCUCCAUAUCCCCCCUACUUCUCCUCCACAAAGUCAGACGUCCUCAGACAGGAACCACAGAAGAAAACCCAGAGCUUUAAAAUGGAGGAUCUCCCCGGACCACUCAUCACAGACCAACAAAACUUUGCUCUCGAAACCAAACAGGAGCCUGAAUAUGGACCCUGUCGAAGAGAGAUUGAGAACAUUCUCAGCAGCCUGAAAAUAAGCAACAUCCUCAACCCCAGAGGUUUCCGCAUACCAAACUGCGACAAGAAGGGAUUUUAUAAGAAAAAACAGUGCCGUCCAUCCAAGGGCAGGAAGCGUGGCUUCUGUUGGUGCGUGGACAAAUACGGGCAGCCUUUGCCAGGAUUUGAUGAGAAGGCGCGAGGAGACAUCCAGCACUACAGCUUCCCAAGCCGGUCGGAGUGA